AUGGCUGUGAACCGUGUGCCCCCCCCACCCCUCACCCCCCACGCCCCGCCUCCUCCAAACAUCCGCGAGGAGGCUGAGGCCAGUCCCUCAGAAGAUACCUGUGUGAGUGCGCUGUCCUCCAAACACUCCAAACGCAUUACCACGAUGCACUGCUGGGCUCUGAUCCUGCUGUCUCUGUCCCUCACCACCAUCCAGGCCCUCAGGAGAAUCACGCUGAAGAAGAUGCCCUCCAUCAGAGAGACUCUGCGUGAGAUGGGCGCGUCCCCAGCCGAGGUUCUCGCUCAAUUAUCACAGAAAGCCGGAGACAGCCCCUUCCCCAGAAACGGGACCGCCCCUACCCCUCUGACUAAUUAUUUGGAUACUCAGUACUUUGGGGAGAUCAGCAUCGGGUCACCUGCACAGAUGUUUAACGUGGUGUUCGACACUGGCUCGGCCAAUCUGUGGGUUCCCUCGUAUGACUGCUCCCCGCUCUACACGGCAUGCUUUACCCACAACAGAUAUGAUUCUUCACAAUCUCAAACGCACGUCCAGAAUGGCACGGGCUUCUCGAUCCAGUAUGCUUCUGGAAACGUCCGAGGGUUCCUGAGCGAGGAUGUGGUUGUGGUGGGUGGGAUUCCUGUUGUGCAGGUGUUUGCAGAGGCCACAGCCCUGCCUGCUAUACCCUUCAUCUUUGCUAAGUUUGAUGGGGUGCUGGGCAUGGGGUACCCCGACAUGGCAAUCGACGGCAUCACUCCAGUGUUCGACCGCAUCAUGUCCCAGCAUGUCCUGAGGGAGCAGGUCUUUUCAGUCUAUUACACAAGAGACCCGAAACACAUUCCCGGAGGAGAGAUAGUUCUGGGAGGGACAGAUCCUGAUUACUACACCGGCACCUUCAACUACCUGCACACCAGCACCAGUGGCAGAUGGGAGGUGACCAUGAAAGGGGUCUCGGUGGGGGCGGAGACUCUUUUCUGUACCGAAGGCUGCACAGCUGUGAUUGACACUGGCUCCUCCUAUGUCACUGGCCCCGCCUCCUCUGUGUCUAUCUUAAUGAAGGCCAUUGGGGCCACAGAAUUGGCCGAGGGAGGGUACACGGUGAGCUGUGACCAGGUGAAGUCCUUACCCAGCAUCUCCUUUCACCUCGGGGGUCUGGAGUAUGACCUGAACGAGGAAGACUACAUUCUUUGGCAAUCCCAGUUUGGAGAGGAGAUCUGCAUGGUGGCCUUCAAGGCUCUGGACAUCCCCCCGCCCACCGGACCCCUCUGGAUACUUGGCGCCAACUUCAUCGCCCGCUACUACACCGAGUUCGACCGCGCCAACGACCGGAUAGGGUUCGCCAGAGCCGUAUGACCCGAGCGGCACUGGCAGGUGGUCCUUCCCGCCCUGCAAUUUCUCCUCAUCUUUUCCUGUCAAUCUCCUCUCCUCCCCACACUGUUCUCUCACGCUU